GCAUACACAAACACUAAGCACAAGCAUCAAACCGAAUGAUCAGCUGUUAACUUUAUCAAUUUUUUUUUUUUUAAUUUGAAAGAGUUUUUUAUUAGAAUGAAUUUACGAAAUAGAAUUAAUAUUGAAAAAUUGUUUAGAAAUAAAACUAUUUGUUUGAAUUCUAUUCUACAAUCAAUAAAGUCAACUUUAAAAAGCAUCGGCUACGUCCAGCGUGGAACGUGGAACAUGUUUCGCUUUCGCAUUUGCACACAGGAUUUUCCAAAAGCUGUCUGCUAACUUCUAACAUUGUCAUAAAGUUUAUUUUAAAAUGCUUAAAAACUCAAUAAGUUAAGGCUUUAAAAAAAUGACUGAAAAGUUGUAGAAAAAAUGUAAAUGCAAAUCAGUUUAUUCUAUUGAAAUUCAAAGUAUACAUAAUUCUGUUUAGGUUAUCAUAACCUAUAACGAUUAUUUUACUUGCCUUUGUGAGUUUGACUGUUGAUAUGCCUCCCAAAAAAGGAAAGGAAGGCACUAAAGGCCAAAAGCAGAUACUGGAAGAAAAUGCAUCGACUCUUAAUUUCUACAGGAAUAUGGUAUUUGGAGCAAAUGGAAUAUAUUUGAUCUUCACAUUCCUCCUUGGUGACUUCUUCUCACUUCAAACCAUUUUGUUAUUCAUGCUAUCCACCGCCACAUUCGUGGGGAGCUACCAAUUCCUGGUUUUCAUGUCCAGACCGAAACUCUCCGAGACGGGGCAGCUGCUCGAUGGAGGACUAGAUCUCAACAUGGAGGGCGGGUUAUCUGAGCAUUUCAAAGAUCUAAUCAUAUUGACGUCUGGUGUUCAAGUAUUAUCUCUAAUUUCAAACUAUUUCUGGUUCCUGUGGCUAUUAGCCCCGGCUAGAGGUUUCUGGCUACUCUGGAAGAAUAUUCUCUCGCCGUACUUCUUUCAAGAAGCUCCCGCACAAGAAAUCGACGAAAAGAAACAGCGAAAACUGGAAAGAAAAAUGAGAAGACAAUGACAGUGUCCAGAUAAAGUUCAGACAAAUUACAAAUAUAACAAUAAAGGGUAUUCUUGAGACCAUACUUCGGUUUAACGAUCUACGGGUUAUUCAGAGCAUCUAGAUCAACUAUAUUUUAAUGAGAACUGAUUUGUACUUUAAAAGUGACUGCAUUUGAAUGUUGAAUAGUAUGGACUUUCAAAGUGUCUGGGUACAGGUUUUAAUGGGUUUCGGGUUGGAGGUAUGGUAUUCAAAGUGUAAAUAUUGUAUAUUACUUGACACAACUCUACAAACCUCAUCUUGUUUAUUUUGAUUUAAAACUGAAAUUAAUUUAAUAAAGAUGAACGCCAUCUCGGA